UGCUGGCGCUUUCUAUUGUUUGCCGUUGGUCGACGUUAUAGCUGGGUGUGUGGUUAGGAGCAUUUUGUAAAACAUAAUACAUAGUUCUAUAGUUAUACUAUUUAGAAUUUUAAUAGUUUAGCUCCAGAGUCGCGGAAAGGAUGUCAGAGACUGAUCCCAAAUCAGUGCAGGACCUCACAGGUGUGGUUCAGACAUUGCUUCAGCAGAUGCAGGACAAGUUCCAAACCAUGUCAGACCAGAUCAUUGGAAGAAUUGAUGAGAUGAGUACUCGUAUUGAUGACUUGGAAAAGAACAUUGCAGACCUAAUGACACAGGCAGGUGUGGAAGAGAUUGAGGGAGGAGAAAAGGUGAGUUUAUAAGGUUGCCAAGUGAAGGACGUUCUACAAGAUCACAAGAUUUUUUUUUUUCUUUUUUCAAAUUGCUAGGUAUAAAAGCAUUUUUUAUAUUAAUUCUUGUAAUAAUGGUUGCAUUCCUGACACAUUGACUGUACAUUUUAGAACUGAAAACAUUUUUUCUUAAUAUUUUACAGAUUUUAUUAUAGCUAUACAAUUGUAAACUUAUUAAAGUUAAGAGUAGCAAGUAUUAACCAAAAUGAUAUUUAGUUAAAUAAAUUCCAUUGAGUGAAAUAAAAUUAUUUGUUACAAGGUU